GAUAAAAAGGGCUUGGUUCAUCAGAGAAACGGUAAUCAUAACUCGUAGAUUUCACUCCAGUUUAUGUUUUUCGGUGCUCGAAACAAUACCACAUCUCCAUUAUGGUUACUGUUAUGACGAUCGGUGGCAUUGCCUUGAAAGUGCUUAAAUUGGUGAUGAAUUUGAUAAUCCUUAUCCUGUAUCGGACCGGAUAUGGAGGAGAGUUCUUGGGGGUCGGCGGAACGUGGAACCUAAAUGAAGACAAAAAUCCGGACGCCGAGAUUGUUGCAUCCGGUGUCUUCGUAGGUUUUUUUAUCUAUACAAGUGUCGUUCUAUUGACAUACUGUUUUGGAACGACAGAACAUAAGAAGACUCUCGUGGAAAUUAUUAUGAAUUUUGUCGGAAUGUUUAUGUUCAUUGCUGUCGGAGGUACUGCAUUGCAUUAUUGGCAUGGAUACCAGUCGGAGCAUAAAUACCUUCAUGUCGCAACUGAGAGACAGAUUGGAUUAGCUCUCGGCUCUUUAUGUGUCCUAGAAGGUGCUGCAUAUUUAUUGGACACUCUAUUGAGUUUUUAUGCCUUCGCUAAAGAAGAAUUUCAUUAAUAGUUAAGGAUUCUUUUGUUUUUUUAUUUUAUUAUAGGAGGAUUUUAUAUAUAAGUAGUAUUAAAUAAAAAAUAAAAUUUGAUUAAUACGUAAAAA